AUGUCACAUGCAGAUGAUUUUGACACAGCCUUGGAUUCCCCAUCGGUUCAAAUAAAAGAAGAUGUAGGUGUUUUUGAUGGAGUCUCGUUUUUCAUUGACCCUUUGAUCAACGACAUGGAAGCUUUGGGCAAUGCAGUUCGCAAUAACGGUGGGGCAGUCUUAAUAGAGGCUCCAGAGAAGAGUUCGAGAGAAUGGGAAGCAGCAUAUUUUGUUUCCAAGAGGUAUGAUGAGGACUAUAGAAUAUUUGUGCAUCCAUCUUACAUUUUAGAUUGUAUUGAUGCAGGUACACUUUUAAACGUCCAUGAUUACUUGGGUAAACCUGAGUCUUCCGGGUUUGUUCGGUUCGAUUCUAACUCCAUCUCUGAUGAAUAUAACAUUGGUAGUCAGCUAUCCGAUCUUCCUGGCUCUGACGUAACAAGAGCUGCAGUCAAGAUAGCAACAGGGAUCAACGAGUCGAUUGAUUCCGAGAAUACUCGGGGCCAGAGAGAAAUGGAUUCUGAUUCGUCCCCAGAAGUGAAAAUGUCUUCCAAGGAUGACGAAAUAGCUUCUCAUGACCAACAGCAACAAUUGACCCACACAGAUGUAGAUGAUGCCAAUGAUCUUAUUUUACAUGAGCAAGCAAGUUCAAGUCAUAAUAAAUCCUCAUUCACUAAAGAAGAGGAUGAAUUCAUCCUUGAUGUUGUCAGGAAGAACCCCACUAAGAGAACCACACACACAUUAUACGAUGAAAUCUCACAUUAUGUCCCUAAUCAUACUGGGAAUUCUAUCAGACAUAGAUUUAGAGUCUAUUUAUCGAAGAGAUUAGAAUUCGUUUAUCAAGUCGAUGAAGAUGGUAAAUUGGUAAGGGACCAGGAUGGAAAUCUAAUCAAAACAGACAUUCUACCGAAUGGAUUAAAGAGGAAAUUUACAAGUGAAGAAGAUUAUAAUUUGGCGGUUGCUGUGAAAAAACAGUUUUACAGAGAUGCUUUUCAAAGAGACCCUGAUACAGGAGCAAGCUUGAUCGCUGAAGAUGAUGAACCUAACAUUGUCGCGAAACGACAAUUAGUUAUGAAUACAGAAAUUGAUCCAUCAGAAGUACCUUCUUUCGAAAAGUAUACUGUAAAUGACCGCCGAGGACCAUUGUCUCGUGAAUUUUUCAAAUUAUUCGCACUUGAAGUACCAACCCAUUCAGAAAAUGCAUGGAGGGAUCGUUUCCGUAAAUUUAUUCUGCCUUAUGGUAUUGAUUCAUACAUUUCAUACUAUGAGAAAUGCAUGGAAGAAGGUAUAGAACCUGAGUCUAUCAAAAAUAUGACCAACAGACCCAAGAGAGAAGGACCAUCACCCGGAAACUAUAAUACGACCCUAAAAAAGAGUAAGAGAUCUACCGAAGGUGGUACUCAGCAAUCAACAGAUACCAGUUUGAAUGAUUUCUUCUUAGAAUCAGAUGCAUUCGAUCUAAUAGAUGGUAUUAGGCGUGAUUUGCACGCAGCUGAAACACAACAAGAAGAGCAAGCACGUUCAUUGUAUGCUGAUGAUGUCGCGGAAAGAAUUCGUCAUCAAGUGGCUUUGGAACAUGAAGAGUAUGAUAACUAUGAUUUUGAUUCAAUACCUUUCCCACCCAAGCUCGCUGAUAAUGAUGAUUUCUUUGAUCAUACCUUUUUCAAUUUCAGAUCUACCAAGGAGUUCAUACAAAAGUUGGAAGAGAUUAUUACUAGGGAAUAUGAUGAGUCACAAGCAGAUGUCCUUGUUCAUGAUCUUGACGUUGAGUGCGGUAUCAGAAAGAAAUACGCUACAUCUGUCCUAACUGCUUUAACUGGUGAUAUCUCAUUGUUUCCAAGAUACAUUCUGACAUCAUUCAAAUAUGGAGUACAUCUUCCGCAAAAUGUCCCCGGUAUAUGGACGAAGGAGGAUGAUGUGAUCUUAAGAUCAAAGAAUCCAGAUGGAAUGAAGAUGCUAGAAAAGAAACAUGGUAUUGCUAGAAUGCAAAUGAGGAUAAGGUUCCAAGAGAACAAUCUAGUGUGA